GCAGUCAUUAUGCAUUACUACUUGAACAAAAAUAUUUUCAAAACACAAUUCACACGACAAAAUGGUGAUGAAGAGAAACAGAGAAGGAUCAGAUCUCGAAGACAUACACACGAUGGCCAACUGCCUAAUGCUAUUAUCCGGCGGCGGCGGAGGAGAAAUUAACCGCGUUUUCGAGUGCAAGACAUGCAACCGGCAGUUUCCGUCGUUCCAGGCGCUCGGCGGCCACCGCGCCAGCCACAAGAAGCCGAGGCUGACGGGGGACGACCGGGAGGCGUCGCCGCCGAAGCCGAAGACACACGAGUGCGCCAUCUGCGGGCUGGAGUUCCCGAUCGGGCAAGCGCUCGGUGGCCACAUGAGGCGCCACAGAUCCGAGACCGUUCAGAAGCUGUUGCCUUCGCCGGAGCUGUCUCUGUCACCGUCACCGUCACCGUCACCUCCAAUUGUGAAGAAACCGAAUAGCCGGAGAGUUUUGUGUCUGGAUUUGAAUCUGACACCAUCGGAAAAUAAGUUCAUGUUUGCUCCUGCCCUUAAUGUGUUUUUCUGAUUUAUUCAUUUGUUUGUAGGACCAAACAGACCCUAGCGUAGCACCCAUGGAUUCCGGCAUUUAUCCUUUGUACACAAUUUUUAAUUUCUUUGUAUUUACCACGUCCUAUUGCUAUGAUUAAAAUUAAGUUUAUUCUUUCGUUCA